GGGCGGGGCGCAGAGCUCGAGCCCCGGCUAGGUCGGUGUGGAUCGGCUGGCCCUCCGGGCCUCAGCCGUGGCUGCGAUUCCCAGCCCGCCGCCCGGCAGAGGAGGGAAGAGAGGAAAGGGGCGGUUGGGGCGGGGCGGCGUCCGGCUCCGGGAGAGCUGGGGGAGGAGCGCGGCGGCUCCGGCGGCGGCUCUAGAAGAGGAGGAGGAGGCGGCGGAGGAGCUCCUUUCCUCUUCUCAGACCCGGGAGCGUCCCGGACGCAGAGCCGGAACUGGGGGACGCGGCGACUGCGGGGUCCUGGGAAUCUCCCUGGAAAAAGAGACAUGAAUGUCUGCAAUGAUAUUUCCUGACAAGAAGUUGAUACGAGAGAAGAAAAGGAGAUCAACAGCUAGUGAACAGAAUUUCGAAUAACCAGGAUUUUUAUAUUUAUCACCUCCAACUACAGCCUUCUGUUGCCUGUUUUUAAAUCAGAGAUCACUACAAUCAGAACCAAGACAAGGCAAAAGGAUACUUUUCUUCUGUAUUUUUUGAGAUUAAAAAAACCUGAAAUGUCCAGGAAACAAAACCAGAAGGAUUCAUCAGGAUUCAUUUUUGAUUUGCAGUCCAAUACUGUACUGGCCCAGGGAGGAGUUUUUGAGAACAUGAAAGAGAAGAUAAAUGCAGUACGUGCAAUAGUUCCCAAUAAGAGUAACAAUGAAAUUAUCCUGGUUUUGCAGCACUUUGAUAAUUGUGUGGACAAAACAGUACAAGCAUUCAUGGAAGGUAGUGCCAGUGAAGUACUCAAAGAAUGGACAGUAACAGGCAAGAAAAAGAACAAAAAGAAGAAAAGCAAACCAAAACCUGCAGCAGAACCAAGUAACAGUAUCCCAGAUUCCAAUAAACUGGUUUCCAUUCAAGAGGAACAGUCUGCGCCUUCCUCAGAGAAAGGUGGUAUUAAUGGUUACCAUGUCAACGGUGCCAUCAAUGAUACUGAGUCUGUGGACUCACUCAGUGAAGGUAUGGAGGCACUUUCAAUAGAUGCCAGAGAAUUGGAGGAUCCUGAGUCUGCCACACAAGAUAUGCUGGAUAGAACAGGAUCAAUGCUGGAGAAUGGUGUCUCUGAUUUUGAGUCCAGGCCUUUGACUGUGCACUCUGCUCAGAAUUCUCAACAGAAUAGAAAUGCUGCCAAAUCUCUCUCAAGACCUACCAUAGGACCUCAGCUUUCAAAUCUAGGAAUGGAAGAUGUUCCACUCUCUUCCACCAGCAAAAAGCUAGGUUCCAAUAUUGAAAAAUCUGUGAAAGACCUCCAGCGCUGCACAGUGUCUCUUGCACGAUAUCGAGUUGUAGUUAAAGAAGAGAUGGAUGCUUCCGUUAAGAAAAUGAAACAAGCUUUUGCUGAAUUGCAGAGCUGUUUAAUGGAUCGAGAAGUGACAUUGCUUGCUGAAAUGGACAAAGUGAAAGCUGAAGCAAUGGAAAUUUUGCUCAGCCGUCAGAAGAAAGCCGAACUUCUGAAGAAGAUGACUGAUGUGGCUGUUCGGAUGUCAGAGGAGCAGCUGGUUGAGCUCAGAGCUGAUAUCAAGCACUUUGUUAGUGAACGUAAAUAUGAUGAGGAUCUGGGACGAGUGGCCCGAUUCACCUGUGAUGUAGAGACCCUAAAGAAGAACAUAGAUUCAUUUGGACAAGUGUCCCAUCCAAAGAACAGCUAUUCAACCAGAUCUCGAUGUAGCUCGGUUACAGCUGUGUCUUUGAGGAGCCCGUGUGAUGCCUCCACUGCUUCCCCUUCCACCUGUGCCUCUGCUCCCAGCCUUACAAGUGCUAACAAGAAAAACUCGGCACCAGGGGAGACUCCUGCAGCCACAGCAAACUCCAGUGGCCGGCCCUACCAGCCUCAUCGAGAGGUAUUGCCGGGGAACAGACGAGGAGGCCAAGGCUACAGGCCACAAGGCCCGAAGUCCAAUGACCCCAUGAACCAAGGGCGACAUGACAGUGGGGGUCGUUACAGAAACAGCUCAUGGUAUUCAUCUGGUUCCAGGUACCAGAGUGCUCCAUCCCAGGCGCCAGGAAACACUAGUGAACGGGGCCAGACUCACUCUGCAGGGACCAAUGGAAUUGGAGCCAGCAUGGAGCCCAGCCCACCCAAGCCCUCAUUCAAAAAGGGGCUCCCCCAGCGCAAACCCAGGACCUCUCAGCCUGAAGCCGUGAACUCUUGAGGGAAAUUCCAGCUGGCCUGUCUCUUCUAUCCCACACAAUUCAACUUGGUAACUGGACUUUAGGAAACUUGUAGUUAGAUUUAAUAACAAAAAGAAGUUUGCGCAUUCACUUUUGAUGCCAUUCUAAAUAUUUUGGUUUCUUCUCUCCUCGUUUCUGCUUUACCAUUUUUUUUGGAAGGGAAGCUGUUUUUUCCCUUGACCUUUCCCAGUGAUAUGGAUUGAUUCUGACUGGUCAUUUCCACCAGGAAUCACCGGCACCUGUUGCCAGGUUUCCCAAGGGUAAGCAGUGUUCUUCCCAGUGCUCCAGGCCUUUCAGGGGCCUGAAGAGGCCCUCCUCAGCAACCCCUACUGUCCAGGCUUUCAGGAGGAGAUGGAUCAAGCAGCUGGUCUUGAUGCCUUUCCAGUCUAAGCAGAAGCCACACGUGCCAGUCAGGUUCCCUGUAAACAACAACAUGACCAAGAGAGGCAAUGAGGGGGUUGGGUACUGUCCUGGAUUAGCCAGAGAAGGGGAAACUGAAUUGGUGAAAAGGAAGGAACACUAGGAAACAUUUGAGAAUCUGCCUGUGCUCCCAGAACGUGCCUGAGACUGACACUCAGAUCGGGGUUUCAGUCUCUUGCUUGACACCGUAGCUUAACCUGCAGUUUCUUCCAAAUGCCCCAGCCUUGUUUCCUAUUACCUUAGACUGCAAACCAGUCUAGGGAAGUCUAUGGGAAAGUAGCAUUUAAUUAAAGGAAAAAAAAGUAUUUCUUUGUUUCAGUGUUUGAAGAUUUUUGUUGUUGUUCUCCCUCUUUCCUGAUUCCUAUUCUGACCCUGAACCAAAUUUAUAGCAAUAUAAUUAGUGUUAAUCUAAGGUGUUAACCAUCAGAAAAUUGCCUCUGUCAAUCUUUAGAGUUGAAUAAAUAAAAACAACUGCAUAAACGUUCCCACGUUUGUUUCACAGCAGGAAGUGACUUCAUUUCAUUAUCUGUUUUUCUUUGGGCCUCAUGGGGUAGAAGUCACUCGAACAGCUUGUUCGGGGCUUAAAUGAGGGUGUCCAAUUCCUAAGUCAUUUGUCCACUGCUUACCUUCAGAACCAAAUUAAAUGUAAAAGCCAGGAUGAGCAGAUGCAGCGGUUCCUCUUGGGAAAAGGUCUGUAGGAGAGGGAAUGAUGACUUUCCGGAGGAGAGCCUACCAGUUCAGAAAACCCACAGCUGCCAACAGCUCACCCAGGCAGCCAAAGGUUCUGUCCACACCCCUGUCUUCCACUGCCUGUCCCUUCACAGGAGUAGUGGAUGUCACAAUGUAAUGGGGUUCCUGCGUGUAGCAGGUGGUGCUGGUGCCAGAGCGCCACACCCACCCCAACCUCUACGAUUUAAUAACAGCUGAGCUUUUUCUUCCCCAGCAUUUGUUCUCCCAAGGCUGAAGCCCAGGCUGUAAGUGGCAGUGGUGCAGAACUUAGCUGCCUCAGGGCUUCCCCUAGCUCUUUGGCUGAAGAUGAGCUGCCGGGGUUCAGGUUGGUUGCACAGAUUGAGAGAGAAAGAGAGAAAACGAGUGUGUGUGUGUGUGUCUUUCAGUAAAGAAAACAAUAGUCAAGGAGUACUAGGAAGCCAUUUUCUAAGGGGCUGGCCACCUCAUUUGGGGGAAUUUAUCCAACAUCACCAUCAGCCUGCUGGUAUCAGGAAAAAGCCCUGCUUUUCUGAUUAAUUGCUUACCUACACUUUAUAGGAAAUCCAGAGAUUGAAGUGGCCUUGAAGGAUUAUGAGGU